GCAGCAAACAAAGAGCAACAUGGAAAAGUCAUUGUGCAUGUUGGCUGCACUGAUUUUUCUGGGAGUUUUUUUAGGUGCAGCCGGAGCGCUGAUAGACGAUGCAACAACCCAGAGGUAUUCAUUAUUCAACAACACAGCUACAACCGGGACUGUGAACAAAUCUGUCGCUGUGGAGGAUCAGAGCGGAGACCGAGCCACUCCAACUACAGCAGAGACAAAGUUAUCCACCACCGCUGGCAGAGGGAAACAGCUGGAUACCCAAAACACAAACAAAGACAGUGAAGAAGUCAACAACAACAGCAAAGAAGAAGAAGAAGAAAGAGAUGCCAGCAAGACAGAAGAUAAGAAAACUGAACUGGACUGUCCUCCCCUCGGCCUUGAGUCCCUGCGGGUCGACGACAGCCAGAUCCAAGCUUCUUCCUACCAGCGGAUGGGCCUGGGUGCUCACAGGGGACGGCUGAAUAUCCAGUCUGGCAUCGAGGACGGGGACAUGUACGAUGGAGCCUGGUGUGCAGACUACAAAGACCAGCACCAGUGGCUGGAGGUGGACGCCAUCCACCUCACCCGGUUCACUGGAGUCAUCCUGCAAGGCCGAAACUCCAUCUGGAGUUGGGACUGGGUCCAAACCUACAAAGUGCAGCUGAGUAACGACUCUGUGAACUGGCAAAGAUGCAUGAACGGGACAGUAGAGGCGAUAUUUGAAGGGAACCAGAAUCCAGAGACUCCGGUGCUCGGACUCCUCCCUGUUCCCACUGUCGCACGUUUCAUCCGCAUCAACCCACAGACCUGGUACCCCAACGGCACCAUCUGCCUCCGGGCGGAGAUACUCGGCUGUCGUGUUGACGAUCCAUCUGACAUCUACGCCUCAGAGCAAGAUCCAGGAUCGAAGGACGCUCUGGACUUCAGACACCACAACUACAAAGAGAUGAGAAAGCUCAUGAAGUCUGUGACGGAGGAGUGUCCGGACAUCACCCACAUCUACACCAUCGGGAAGAGCUACAUGGGCUUCAAACUCUACGUCAUGGAGAUCUCAGACAACCCCGGCAAACAUGAGCUCGGUGAGCCUGAGUUUCGCUAUGUGGCGGGGAUGCACGGGAACGAGGCUCUCGGUCGAGAGCUGGUCCUCAACCUCAUGCAGUACUUAUGCAGAGAAUACAAGAAGGGCAACCAGCGUGUCGUACGACUGGUCACCGAGACACGAAUUCACCUCCUGCCCUCCAUGAACCCUGACGGAUAUGAAGCAGCUUACGAGAAGGGGUCAGAGCUGGCCGGCUGGGCUGAAGGACGGUACAGCUUUGAAGGAAUCGACAUGAAUCACAACUUUCCAGACCUGAACAACAUCAUGUGGGACGCCCAAGAGAAAGCAGCGGAUCCAUCCAAAGUCCCCAACCACUACAUCCCCAUCCCGGAGUACUACACCAAGGAAGAUGCUACUGUUGCGCCGGAGACCCGCGCCGUCAUCAGCUGGAUGCAGGACAUUCCCUUCGUGCUCAGCGCCAACCUCCACGGCGGAGAGCUGGUGGUGACGUAUCCCUUCGACUGCACCCGAGACUGGGCCCCUCAGGAGGACACCCCCACGGCAGACGACGCUUUCUUCCGCUGGCUGGCCGCCGUCUACGCCUCCACUAACCUGGUGAUGGCCAACCCCGACCGCCGCAUCUGCCACUACGAGGACUUCCAGUCGCACAACAACAUCAUCAACGGAGGAGCCUGGCACACCGUCCCCGGCAGUAUGAAUGACUUCAGUUACCUGCACACCAACUGCUUCGAGGUGACGGUGGAGCUGUCCUGUGAUAAGUUCCCUCACACCAGUGAACUUCCCAUCGAGUGGGAGAACAACAAGGAGUCUCUGCUGGUUUACAUGGAGCAGGUUCACAGAGGGAUUAAAGGUGUGGUGAGGGACAAGCUGACCAAACAGGGAAUUGCAGAUGCUAUAAUCAAGGUGGAGGAUCACAACCACGACAUCCGAUCAGCUGCUGACGGAGACUACUGGCGUCUGCUGAACCCGGGCGAGUACAAGGUGGUGGUUUGGGCCGUGGGUUACUUCCCGUCCAUGCGUCGGUGCCAGGUUGGGUCGGAGCCACAUCCCACCGUCUGUGACUUCACCCUCACCAAAACGCCCAUUCAGAGGCUGAAGGACAUCCGGGCCAAAGGAGGGAAGAUCCCCCAGGACCUUCAGCUGCGUCUCCGAGCCCUCAGGCUCCGUAAGCUCCGCGCCAGCACCAAGGCCAUCAACCAGCGCAGGGAGAGCCAGCGGCUGCAGGAGCAGCUGCUGCAGAGGAGGAGAGCCCGGUCCUCUGGAGCCCGGAGAGCAUGAGAGGAGAGCGGGACGACGGGCUGAAGAAACCUCAGAGAUGAGCUGGAUCAGGGGUUAAAGAAGUUCAAUCCAUGAUGAGAAAAAUGCCAUCUGGGUUUCGACUGUUCCCAAUCGACAAAAAACAUAUUCCUCUACACAGCUCCAGUGAUAUCGAGACAUGCAGACAGUUUUAAAACACCUGCAUCUGAAGUUUCAACUUUAAAAUCCUUUAAAAAAAUUCAACAGCUUUACAUUUGUGUGUGCUGACCGAUUCCUCCAUGACAGUCACACAAACUCCUGCAAAAGUUGACAAGAUGCAUAAAGUAAAAACAGGGUUUUUAUACAAAUACAAAGAUACAAGCUGAAAAUAACUUCUAAAAAGUUGCACAAACAAGUUAUGGAACUUUUUAGAGGACAAAGGACAAAUAAACAGUUAUGGACAGGCAUCCUGGAGUGAUUCAUGAAACUAUUCAUCUGUUUAGUUCCUCAUGAUAGCGGAUGAAGCUGCGGCGUUUGUUACGCAUCUGUGAAGAGACUGAGUUGAGGAUUUAAGUGUCAGCUGGUCUGAUGUGUGUCAUGUUUUUUUUUUUUUCUUCUAA